AUGGCCAGACGGCAGCAACAGCCAGCAGGCGGGGAAGAUGAUAGCUCCUGCCUCAAAAACCGACCCGCACAGCCAAACUCAGAUGAUGGUGGCGAGUCGAGGGUCGCCCCUACCCUUUUUCCCAGCCACCAAACACGUCCGCUCUUCAGCAGUCUCGAGGAAGCACACAACCGCAUAACGCGAACGCAAUCGACCAGCAUUUCCAAGAACGCCACUGACGAUACUGCGAGCAGUAGCAGCAGUGGCGACGACAUUCUCCUCGGGGACAUGCGGCGCCUUUCUCCCGUCGACGCAAGAGCAAUCUAUACCAAUGUCGGCUACCCCGUGACACGCGCCUUUAGCCGCAGUGUGACGGAUGGAGUCAAUCGCACGGUCGACGAGCCAGCCCUGGUUCCUUCGCCCCUGCUCGUCCAGAAGGAGCUCGAUCGUGAUCUGCGGAAGAACAACAUCUUCGAUUGCUCACCGUCUUCCAGGACAGCGCCCGUCGUCUGGCAGGGCUCAGGCGAGCCAAGGAAGGAUGCACCAACACGAUUUCCAGAGGCUCAAGCGUUCGCAGAGGCGAACACUUCAAACCGGCCCCCGCCGUACUCUCCCAAGAGCAAGCUGUAUCACGCCAUUGGCUCACACGGCCCCGUCGCUCAAGACCCUCAUGCUGCUGUAUGCAACCUCCUGCCUCACCGACCGCGGGAAAUCAAGACAGGCACCAUUUGGGGCCGUCCUUCUGAGGAGGGGGUCCGGUCACCGCCCCAGAUUGCACUUCCAGACGACCCUCCAUUUCAUCUCACCAACCAUUCUGCUGCCUCGUCCCAGCUGAGAACCUCCAAAGCCGUGCUGCGGGUCAUGAAUCCAUCUCCAUUGCCGCAGUGGCCCUUUCCCAAUCGGAUUCCGUGUCUUGGUGACAGUCAGGAUGGUCGUGUCUGUGUUAAUAGUGGUCUUGGAGUGGCAUCCAGCGUCGAACAUGAUGCAGAUCCCGGCAUCGGAUCAGAGAGCGACGCGCCCAAAAUGCCCCCUGCUCACAUGCACUCUGCACGACAAAACGAGCCACACAGCCAAAGCCCUGUCAGCAGUAAUAAGUCAUCUGUUUUCGAUGGUGGGAUGACAGAGCGCUCUGAAGAAGACCCAUUCCACUAUGACAGCGUGUUCUUGCGCCCCUCACGAGAGCGCGAGGUCUCUGCUUACCUGCACCAAGUCAGUGGUUUUGAAUGUGGAAGCACGGCAAUCAUUUGCUCGCCGGAUGGCUCUCCUUUGAGGACUUCUCAACGAAAUCUGGACAAGAGAUCACAGUCUCCCGUAGCGCAGACAACGAUGCUAGACCGUCAAGUGUCACCACUCUGCCAGCAGCAGCAUCAGCGUGCAGCUUUAGGCAAUGCUGAACUGAGAAAGCAAGCGGAAAACUUCUUUGAGCCUGGUGCAAUUGAUCCUGGAUGGGCUGUAGGGAGCCCUGAUAUUGUUAGGGUGCCUGUCAGGGAGAGAGUCCAGUCCAAGCAGAGGCGGAGCAUGGGAGAACAACACUUGGAUGCCAAAGGGACCAUGUCGAGCUUGGUCUUGGAGGGCCUUCCUGGUGUUGGCCUGAAUUUCAACACACACGUCGGCACCAAUGGUUUCAAGCAGUGUGGAAGCUCCAUCGCCAACUUCUCUGACUACGAAGCUCUGUCUGACGCAGCCUCAACGAACGGUGUCAUUCCAAGCUCUCCCACAGCUCACCCAGCAGGUGGUUUUCGGCCUCCCACGGGUCCAUUUCACCAGCAGCCUCACGUCAUCCACCCCCCAGUCAAGAACAACAAACCCCAGGACCUUCGGUAUCGCAAGCACAACAUCAACCAGGCACCUGUGCCAGUCUUUGUCCCUGAACAGCGUUUUCACAGGGUCAAUGGCUUAUUUCAGGAUAGUUCAAGGCCUGCUGCCCAGGUUCCCUCGGCUAGUAACGUCCCAGAUCAGAAUUGGCACCAGAUCUCUUGCCCAAGUGCAACUCGAGCCCCGUUUCGCAAAGGAAACAGCAAGCGGACGUUUCGUCAUGACUUUACGCUCCACCAGGCCAUGUCGCCCCGUCAUCCCUUCAGCGAGCUCCAGUCGGACGACAGCUCUCUUCACGAGUUGCAGCCUGUCACCUCACAGCCUGAUAAGAGCCGGCCAAGUACUUCAGGCGAGCUUUGGGAUUCUCCGCCCAGACCUGAUCCAAACAGGGAGCGAAGCCUCCAGCCUGAUACAACAAGCCGACAGCGCCAAAACCCCUUCCGGCCAAACCAGCUAAUGAUUCCUGUCACUCAUCUGUCGAGCCCCGCAAAAAUGGCACAGGCCCACCUCUACAAUCGCAACCGUGGUGAUAGCAUUGACUCGGGCGAAUCUAUUAGCCUCAUGGGCUCCGGCCAGUUCGAGCUGAUCCCCCUCGAGGUGGCGCAGCAGAGACAGGCUGUCCGCCGUGCAAGCGGCCAAGAGGACCAGACACUUACUGGGCGCGCACGCCUCGAGUCGAUGAAAAACCCAAGCUGUAAUACUAAUGCCAGCCAGUUCGGCUCUCAAAUUGAGACCCCGGCUCCUGCCAUGGCGCCUACCACUCGCAAGGUCUCGCGUUUCGUAUCUCGUGGGUUUGCUCAAGCCUCCAGUCCUCUUUCAGCACGGGACGGCAACGAUGCUAAUGAUCCCCUGGUUCCUGGUGACGAUACUCUUCCGACCGUCAGCACAACCACCGGAUCUGAUCUGACAAUCACCACAAUUCGGCAGCGGGAUGGUACUCAGUAUCGCAUAUUCUCCCCCUCCCCGCUUCUUUAUCCCUGGGACCGUCUUCAUCGUCGCAAUGCGGCCCAGAAGUCGACCGAUCGUUCCCUGCAACGCAUCACUGGACAGGGUUUCAGCAGUCUUGGCAACAUGGAGCGCGGUGCAGUUCAUCAACGCCUCUGCGAUGCUGAUUUCUGGCUCUCUGAAGAUGCUCAGGCGAGAAGGCAUUCGUUUUUUUUAAUUGUUGCCUUGCUCUCCAUUUUCCCUUUCGUUUCGCCUAUUGCCCUCUGUGGCGGCUUCAACAGCGCGCUCUCGUGGCACACCGGCGGCGAGGUCGACCAUUUUAGCAGGAAUCAGAGGCGUUUCCUGAUGGUGGAAUCCAUCACUGCCUUGUUUGCUGUUAUUGCAAUUAUUGUCUUCGUUGUUAUCAAGCACGGGCGCCACCACUAA